AUGAGGGACGGCAGUCCUUUUUUCCUUCUCUUCGAGCGACGGCCCUCGUCUCUUCGGAAUGUUCUGGAGAAGGAGGAGUUGGGUCACACGCCGCGGUACGACGGUCACUCUCACACGAAUCGGCAUGGCAUAUCGAAAGGGAAUCGUCACGACGAGGACGACUUCUUGAUGCGUCAUACACCGAGGUUAUUUCCAUGAAGACGCGGCAAAACCAUUCCGGUGCCUCGUAAAUUACCUCGGCGGACCUCCCUCGACGAUUUCUGUAGUUUUUACCGUGCGCAGAUUUGAAUAGCCUCUAGGUGAGAAGGUUACGAAACGAACUUUGGUUCAAAUUUUCCUUCAAAGGUUGGGCCUCAACACUGAGAAGAGCAAGACUGUAUGGAUGACAUAAAUAAUUGGACUCUUUAGGCCUUUUUGCAAAGUUUGGCUUUUGUUUCUUCUGAUUUUAAGUGUAACUUUUGUUCUUUUUGCUUUCAAAUAUGAUUUCAAUUUUUUUGAUUUCUCGGAAGCUUCCUCAGAAAGACCCCCUUCUGCAUAUGUGCUCCACAAGAAUGUCAAAAAUUUCACUGGAUUCAAAAAAAUUUUUUUUAGAGUUGGAGAAUACUAUAAAAAAAGUCUUUCUUCUAAAUCUUUUUUUCUAGAUUCUAUGUCUCUAAAAGGCUCCUUGCCUAGUAUAUUUGAUCGCCGUAAGCAAAAAAAUUUGGAAACCGAUUCGAUCAAAAUACAGAAAUUCCCAACUUUUCUAUGGCUCAGUUUUUUUGUAGUAUUUUGAGAAAGUCUUGAAAUUAAAUUUUUUGAGAGAAGCCUGCUUUUUUUAAGUAGCAUCAGGUAGAAAUUCGAAUUCCUUAACUGAAAGUCGAGGUUCCCGCUGAGCAAAAAAUUUAUUAGGAGAUUUUUUUCAUUUUAUUGUUGAAAUAUUUAUUUUUCACGUUUUUGAAAUUUUCCUUAGGACACCACAUUUAUCAUGCUUCAUCGUUUCUGCGCUCAGCGCGGAACUUGAAAUCCCACUUUUAUUUUAAAAGAAUUCAAGAGAAAAAAGGCAUAGGUUGAGCAGAAGCCGAAGAAGCCCCGCCCAACAUAGAAAAAAAAAGCGUAGAACGCUGUUCUUAGUAGCGACACGCCCACUGGCGAGUUGCCAGGAACGCUGAGUGCCGCUGCCUAACGAAUGGAGGCGUGGCCGUUGACGUCAAGGGGGCGCGGCUCGAAUCUGUCACCGAUGCUUGUAAGUUGUCAGUUGGGCCUUGUGCCGCCGUGCCAGCCGGCCGGUCUUCGGUUUCGUUCUGGUGUUCCAACUGA